CCAAUGAGAAUCAGAUAAAAAAACACAUAUACCUCUAAGAGCCACAAAAUCUUACGAACCAGAUCCUCUAUCAUGCCACUUCAGCAUAUCCAAUCUUACGUCUCGUAGAUUUGCUUAUUUCUUCAUCACAUACUGAAGUCGUUUUGAUUUUUGUUUCACAAAAACAAUGGCAGCAAGUGCAUCUCCAAUGGCGAGCCAGCUAAGGAGCAGCUUCUCUUCCACUUCAAUUGCUAGGCGUCUAGCCGUCCCUAAGGGGAUCUCCGGCCCUUCUUUCGGCGUUUAUCCGACCAAGAGAAUCUCUUCCUUCACUGUCCGAGCUGUUCAGUCCGACAAGCCAACAUUUCAAGUGGUCCAACCAAUCAACGGCGAUCCAUUCAUCGGAAGUUUGGAGACUCCUGUAACGUCAAGCCCAUUGAUUGCGUGGUAUCUUUCCAACCUCCCGGCUUACCGCACCGCCGUCAACCCUCUCCUCCGUGGUGUCGAAGUGGGCUUGGCACAUGGUUUCCUCUUAGUGGGCCCAUUCGUCAAAGCUGGCCCAUUAAGGAACACUGCUUACGCUGGUUCCGCCGGCUCCUUAGCCGCCGCUGGGCUUGUAGUCAUCCUCAGCAUGUGCCUCACUAUCUACGGAAUCUCUUCGUUCAAGGAAGGUGAGCCUUCAAUUGCUCCGAGUUUGACGUUGACUGGGCGGAAGAAGCAGCCCGACCAGCUUCAGACAGCUGAGGGAUGGGCAAAAUUCACGGGAGGGUUCUUCUUCGGAGGGAUCUCUGGUGUGACUUGGGCUUACUUUCUGCUCUACGUUCUUGACCUUCCAUAUUACGUCAAAUGAAUGUAGUUCAAAAUAUGAGCUUCACCAGUAUUUUAUUUUACCUACAAAGACUCUCUUGCACCAUUGUUUCUUUUUUACUUUUGUCUGAGCAAGAAUUAUGAAUCUCGGGGUCGUCAUUGUGUAAUACUAUGGAUCUUCUCUUAACUAUUUCUUGGUCUUUAUUCACA